GGCGAUUUUCCUUCAACUUUUUUUUCCGCCCCCCUUUCUCUCUCUACCCAGGGAGAAAACAUUUUGCAGAGGUCAUCUCUCUCUCAUCUUCCAUCCCCAUCCUUCUUCCAUGGCCGCCCUCCUAACACCAACAAUACCCACUUCCAAUCUUCGCCCUUUCCCACCAUUUUACUUCAUCACACCGCCACAACCCUCUUCUCCUACUAACCAUCACCACCACCAGUGGCAACUCAAGCAAUUCAAGAAACAAAAACUGCUGGCCCUAUGUACCAGCUACGAGGUCGGCGGAGGCUACUCCGAUGAAGAACUCAAGUCACGGGGUAAAAGAGUGAGGACGAGGCAAAAAACGGAGCUCCCAAAAUGGGCUCCUUCCCAGUACGAAGCUAUCAUCAAAGGCGGCGAACAGGUCGUCUCUGUUCUUCAAGAGGUCGCCAAGCUUUUGGAAGAUAUGAACAUGGAUGAAGCAUCUGAAAAAUUGGCGGUGGAGUUGGCUGCACAUGGAGUUAUUGGGAAGAGAGUUGAUGAGAUGGAAUCAGGGUUUAUGAUGGCCCUGGAUUACAUGAUUGAACUCGCUGAGAAUGACGAAGAUGAUAAACGCAAGUCACUCUUGGUUGUUAUCAAGGAGACAGUUUUAUCCCACCUGACAAAAAAGUGCCCUCCACAUGUUCAAGUGGUUGGCCUUCUCUGUAGAACUCCCCAGAAAGACAGCAGGCAUGAAUUACUUCGGCGAGUUGCUGCAGGUGGUGGUGUAUUCCAAGGUGAGAAUGGCACGAAGGUUCAUCUUCCAGGAGCAAAUUUAAUUGAUAUAGCCAACCAGGCUGAUGAUAUAUUGGAGACUAUGGAAUCUCGGCCUGUGGUCCCUGAUAGAAAGCUACUCGCAAGGCUUGUUUUAAUCAGAGAGGAGGCUAGGAAUAUGAUGGGAGGUGGAAUGCUAGAUGAAAGAAAUGACCGUGGUUUAACUACACUUCCUGAAUCAGAGGUCAACUUUCUGACCAAGCUUGUGGCUCUGAAGCCAGGGAAAACUGUAGAGGAGAUGAUAAAGAAUGUGAUGCAAGGAAAAGACGAAGGUGCAGACAAUUCCAGCACUGACAAGGAAAAUGCUGCUGAUUUUUCUAGCGGAAUUGCAGGAAGGGGUAGUGUUAGUGGGCGUAAACCAUUACCUGUGCGGCCUGGCAUGUUUCUCGAGACUGUUUCUAAGGUCUUAGGCGGCAUAUAUGCAGGAAAUAUCUCUGGCAUCACAGCUCAGCAUCUUGAAUGGGUUCAUCGGAAGACGCUUCAAAUUCUUCAAGAGAUAGCAUUCUAGUUAUCCUGCGAUGGGUGCUGAAUGCUGCAGUAAGUUCACACACACAAUUUUUCUUGUGAUUCAAGGGCGACAAUUCUUUUGGUAUUUCCAUGUUUCGGAAUGUCAUUACCCUUCCCAUCAAUUGUUACCUGUAUAGAAUUUUAUUAUUUGUAGUCUUGUGCAUGACAAAGCAAAUUCCUAUACCAAAGAAAAAGAGAGAGGUUGUGAUCAUGAA